AUGAAUCCAGGUCAGGCCGCGACGCACUCGUCACUUGGAUUCGCAGCCCUUUCGUCUUGGAUCGUUUCUGACAGAGAUCAAGAACUAUUGGUAUUUCGAAAGUUUGGAGAAAUAAGUGCUCGAAAUCUUCUUUAUUUGCAAUGUGAAUUGUUGAGCAUCGAAGGCAGAUUGAAGGCCUGGGAUAAGCACGUUGAAGGUAGUAACGACACCGCACUAGAGCAGGCUGCAGAAACAUGGGAAAUGAUGCACGAACAAGCCGAGGCAGGCAAACCGGAAGCAAAAGAGAUGCUGGAGUUAGUAAAUCAGCUCCGCGUCAAGAUCAAAGAAUAUCAUGAAGCCCUGGAACUACAGAGCAAGAUAUCUCAGCUCAACAGCCCCGAUCAGCGAGCCCUUGAAGUGGUUCGAAACGAGCUUCAUGGGGGCUCUUUAAGACGAGAUGGUCAAAAGCCAAACCCCAUACUAGGAGGGAGAGGGAAGGACUACCUGGAUGAAGCUGAGGAUCUGGUCUCGCUCAAGACUCCAGCAGCGGUCGACCCAUUAUCAAAAUUGCUCCGGGCUUACUGGCCAGGUCGAGUGCGUUUCAUUUCUGCAGUUGAUUGA